AUUCUGGAAGAAGCGGUACAUACGAAAUCGCUGCUACUGCUUCCACUUUGAAUGCCAAUGACACGACAAAUACCUCGACCUUCGCAGAAGAUUGCGAUACUUGUGUUCGCCCGCAUUGUGGUCCCAGACGCACGAACAGCAGACGACGCAGUUGUUUUCAUAGCCGCAGCCGGAGCCGGAUUGAAGGCCGCAUCGAUCCGCACAUCAGGACACUGCGAGAUGGGCCGUGGGAGUGAAGGGGAACGGGGAGCGGCGAAGGGGUGCUUGGCUGGCGACGAGCAGGGUAUAAGGGCCGUGCCGGCCUGCGUCGGUCGACGGAGGGCGCGCACUACGGGGCCUCCGAGAACAGCCGCGGUCGAAGAGAGAAAGAAGAAGAAAAAAAAAAGAGACCCCGUCUCGGCAAAGAUGGCCGCCGCCUCCGUCUCCGAUGGCGGCGCGGGAUUGCGGGUUGUCGGCAACGGUCAGGACAAGCAGACCCGUGGGUCGGCGGGAUACUUGCUGGAAGACCCCGAUGCAGACGACAUCAUACACAAGACGAUCCUGGUUGGCGACAGCGGAGUGGGCAAGACAUCGUUGCUGGUGCAGUUCGACCAGGGCAAGUUCCAGACGGGCUCCUUCUCUGCUACCGUCGGCAUUGGCUUCACGGUGAGGCUCCUGCUCUUCCCGGCUGCGGUUGCACACUCGGUGGCAUUCAACACCAUGCGCACGCGCACUAAAAAAAAUAAAAGAAAAAAGAAAUCUGGGUAAGGUCGUAAGAAAGUGUCAGACUUUGCUGUAAUUAAGCCGAGUAGGGAAUGGCGUAUACGAUUCUUUCUAUUCCUCCUCAUCUUUCGUCAUUCUUCUGAGCAGUUCUCACAGUAAACACUGGAAUUGCCUUAAUCGGCUAGACCGGAGCGGUGGAUGAUAAACACGGAAUGGAAUAGGGCGAAGACAAUUGUUGCAUUACACUGGACUGACAGUCAGGCUGAGAGUUGAAAUACCUGUUACGUAUCGGACCAUCAUUCAAGGGCAAAACAAUUGGAUGUGUUGUCACUUGGGAUUUUCGUGUAAUUCUUGUGAAAUAGGUGCCAAAAUCCAUUAAUGAAAGCGAAGAACGAAGAGCAUGUUGUUGUGCCCAAAGGCGCGAAAACUUUAGCUGAAUUCGGGAAACUUUCAACCCAGGCCACAAUUUGAAGAUGCCAAGAAUUUAUAAAAAAGAAAAAGGGGGUGGGGGUGAAAGAAGAAAACAUUGCAAAAGAUGGUUCCGAAAGAAACCGUAGUGCAUUCACUGAAAGUCAAUACCUGCUCACCAUAAGGGCCAAAAUCACUUGCAGAGGGCGGAAUUAUCUACCUUUCUAGCGCAGCUCAUUUGAGCUCGACUACAUUUUUCUACACAGU